CCAACCCCUGGCCAGGGGUGGGAAGGAUUCUAUAGCUCCUCACCUCAGUCUGUAUCUCCCCUUAGUACCUGGCAACAGCGGACCAGGGCAGAAACCUGCUCAUGUCUACUUGCACGGGCGCUGUUUCAGUCCUUUGGCAUCCUAUCACUCUAAAGUAAGGCUCUCAUGCUGAGCGCUCCUGCCUUGAUAGUGGAACGUUGGCCUGGCCUCUGGGGAUUCUUUAAGUACCACCUCGAAACUUCUGUGCACUCCCUUUUUGGUGUGCCACUUGAGCAUUUGUAUCCUGACAGGCACCUACUGACGACUCUUGCCAUCAAGAGUAAGCACAAUGCUCAAAGUAGCCCUGGGAAGACCCUUAGGAGAGACCCACGUUUGGGGUAUUAGGUAUGCAUUCUGUAUUUAAGAUGAGUCUGGAGAGUACCUCCGAGGAUUUUGGGGAGGGAGGCAUAAAUUAGGCACAUGCUGUGCAUGGGUAGACCGAGGGAGUGGCUGAGGUGGUCACACUAAGGAACCGGUAAGAGGAGUAGUGUCACUGGAAAGCUUGGGGAGGAGCCGAGUGGGGCUUCACAGGGCUACAAAGGCUGUAACAGGAAGGAGGUAAUUUCUCCCGGGCAGGUUUUAGGGCAAUGAAGCAAAUGGUAUUGAGAGGAAGACACUGCCGGGGCCCUUUGUUCUUGCCCUUGAGUUUCCUCAAGUUAGGAGAACAGUAAUGGGUAAAACCUAAGAGGGGGUAUGGUGGACCAAGGAGAAAGCGGCCUAGCAGUUGAGGUGAGGGGUCGAGGCCACAAAAUACCACUAAACCACUCCCAGCUCCAGUGAGCCAGUUUCCUCUGGCAUUGCCUAUUGAGGGUCUGUUGUCUAGGGCAUGUCAGAGGGCAAGAUGAGGCCAGCUGCCACCCCUAAAGGGGGUGCCUUCCCAGCCCCGGGUACUAACUACCACCUCCCAGCCAGCCCUUGGGCCUUGCCCCUUGCCUCCCUGACCUAGUCCCGUCCUGGUAGUGGGAAAGAGCAAAGUCCCUGUUUAUGCCCAUGCCAGGUGUUGGCUGAAGGAGGAGGAGGGGACAGGGAGCCAUGAGUAGGGAGGGGGGAACCCUGGCCUUUUCCGUUCCCAAGCUCCCAGGUUUCCUCUCUUUCAGGAAGGAGCCUCUUCCUUACCCCCCUCCCUGUCUUCUCCACCACUAAUGUAGCCCCCUUUUCCAGAUGGAGACUAAGUGUCAGGGGCGGGCUAAGUGUAGGAGAUAGGACGCUAAGUAUAGCUUCAGCCCUGGCCCUCUGGACACACACAUACCCUGUCUUAUUUACAGCUACAGGAAAGUCCGUCUAGAGUGGAGGUCAUGGGCGGUCUAGCCAGGCCCAGCUUGGGGGAAGAGAUGAGGUGGCAAUGAAUAGGGCGGGUGUAGGGUUGCAUAGGUGACUCAGGGUAGUGGGCAUUAGUCCUGGGAUCACCAGGCUCCAGGCAGAGGCAGUGUCAAAGAAAGGUGCCACUGUGAGCUGGACCCUGGUCCUGGAGAGAGGUACCCUAGCUCUUCAGACUUCUCUGCUCCUUUUGCCCAGAAGCUGGCACUGGGCAAACCGGUACUGGGCUGUCCUGGGGUCCAGGGGGCAGCUCACAUUUGACAAGGUUCCGAGAGGAGGACUACACCGUGCACGUGCAGCUGAAUGACUAUCUGGACAUCAUCUGCCCACAUUACGAGGACGACUCUGUGGCAGAUGCUGCCAUGGAGAGAUACACGCUGUACAUGGUGGAACGCCAGGAGUAUGUGACAUGCGAGCCCCAGUCCAAGGACCAGGUUCGCUGGAAGUGCAACCAGCCCAGUGCCAAGCACGGCCCGGAGAAGCUGUCGGAGAAAUUCCAGCGCUUCACGCCUUUCACCUUGGGCAAGGAGUUCAAGGAAGGACACAGCUACUACUACAUCUCCAAACCUAUCUACCAUCAGGAAACCCAGUGCUUGAAGUUGAAGGUGACUGUCAAUGGCAAAAUCACUCACAGCCCCCACGCCCAUGCCAACCCACAGGAGAAGAGAUUCCAAGCAGAUGACCCGGAAGUGCAGGUUUUGCACAGCAUUGGUUACAGCGCCGCCCCCCGCCUCUUCCCAUUGGUCUGGGCAGUAUUGCUCCUACCACUGCUGCUGCUGCAAACUCAGUGAAGGUGUUUGCUUGCUCUGGCUUAUGGAUUGGAACGGGACUAAGGGGCAGGGAUAAGCACCCCCAAAGCCCCAGCCCUGGGAACCUCUCCCACUACACGCACAAGACGCCACCACGAAGCCUCAGAAAGGUUCAGUAUUAAGGGUUUUAACCGAAAGGAGUUCAACCAGCCCAACUGGGCCAUCCCUGCCUCCACUUCAGAGGGAUGGAGAAAGAAGUGGAGAAGGUCCUUUCCCUGUGGUUUCUACCUUUAAGCCAAAGAAACAAGCUGUGCGGACCUGGCCCAUUAAGAGCGCCCACUGGGAGAUGCGCUGAAAGAGCCUGAGGCCAUGCAGUUGGACACUGAACUUGGUAAAAAUGUCCUUCCCCAAGGAAGCCAUAAUGUGCAGAUGAACUGACCAAAAGAAAAGCUUGAGACAGCUUCCUGCGGGGGAGCCAGGUACAAGAGAGACAGCUUGGGCUGACCCAGCAUCUCUGCAAGAUUUCCACCUGCUGGGCUGCCAGAGAGUUUUGUAGCCCGGCACUGACUGCAUCCUCCCCUUCCCUGGGGCAGCAUUCCCUGAAGCUGUGCCGGCAGGAGGACUAUAGCAGCCUGGUUUUGGAGUAUAGCUGUAAGGGCAGUGCCCAUGUGUACAGUCUGUGGAGUUUAGCUUAAAGGGCAGGGCCCACAUGUACAGUGUCUGUAUAUAAAUGUGCUGUGUCUGUUCAUUUCUACGACUGGAGGUUUUUUAUACAGUGUUCUUGGAUUCAUAAUAAAGUGAUGUUUUUGGUUUUUUAAUGGA